GCAAGUGCUUUGGUAUUGUAAUAAUUGCAGUUGGACACAGAGAGAGAAAGAGAGAGUGGCGGUCUCACACACUAGCACGCAGAACACGCAUUUACAGCGAGUCAUAGUCAAAAAGCCAUUAACCAAAAGAGCAUUUUCAGAAGCUUCUUUUCGUGUUCCAGAUUUGCUCCAAAGUAUCCUACACUUCAUACUUCAAAGGACAACAAGACCCGUUUCUGAUCCUUUCACUUGGUGUUGCCACUAUCUGGGUGAUUGUCCACAUAGACUAGGCGAAUGCUAUUUCUCAGGAGCAGCUUAAAAGCAGGUUGGAACAUGCUAUGUAUAAUUUGAUGUGAUAUUCUUGGAGAUGGACCUGCUUAUUGGAGUGUUAGUUUUGGGUUGUUUAUAUUCUUUCGUCUCUCCUGAUGCACAAGGAGAUGCUUUGUAUGCUUUGAAGAUUUCACUUAAUGCUUCCAGCAAUCAGCUUACAGAUUGGAAUCAGAAUCAAGUUAACCCAUGCACUUGGUCCAAAGUUAUAUGUGAUGGUAACAACGUAACGACAGUGACAUUGUCUAAUAUGGGAUUUUCUGGAACCUUGUCACCAAGAAUAGGGAUUUUGAAGAUGCUCACAACACUCCAGUUACAAGGGAACGGCAUCACUGGUAAGAUACCUGAAGAGUUUGGAAAUUUAACAAGCUUGACGAUGUUGGAUCUGGAAAAUAAUCGUUUAACUGGAGAGAUACCGUCUUCCCUCGGCAAUCUUAAGCGGCUCACAUUCUUGAUUUUAAGUCAAAACAAUCUCUCUGGACAAAUUCCUGACUCACUUUCAAGUCUCCCGAACUUGGUGAACAUACAACUUGCUUCUAACAGUCUGAGUGGCCAAGUACCCGAGCAUUUAUUCAAAAUUUCCAAGUACAAUUUUACAGGGAAUCAAUUGAAUUGUGGCAUCAAUUCUGCGCACAGUUGUGUGUCCGAAAAUGGAGGUGGUUCGAGUAAAUCAAAGACUGGCAUGAUAGUUGGGAUUGUUGGGGCACUCUUAGUUAUCUUUCUUCUUGGAGGUUUACUCCUGUUAUUUCUGUGGAAGGGCAGGCAUAAAGGCUACAGACGUGAAGUUUUCGUCGAUGUUGCAGGUGAAGUUGACCGGAGAAUUGAAUUUGGUCAAUUAAAGAGAUUUGCGUGGCGAGAAUUGCAGCUUGCUACGGACAAUUUCAGUGAGAAAAAUGUACUUGGACAGGGGGGUUUUGGAAAAGUUUAUAAAGGAGUGCUUGCAGAUAACACAAAGGUUGCUGUCAAACGUUUGACUGAUUUUGAGAGUCCUGGUGGAGAUACAGCAUUCCAGCGUGAAGUAGAGAUGAUAAGUGUCGCUGUUCACAGAAAUCUUUUGCGGCUUAUUGGCUUUUGCACCACACCAACAGAACGCCUUUUGGUUUAUCCUUUUAUGCAAAACUUGAGUGUUGCCUCUCGUCUGCGAGAACUUAAACCUGGGGAGCCUGUUUUGGAUUGGCCUACGAGAAAACGUGUGGCACUGGGCACAGCACGUGGACUAGAGUACCUUCAUGAACAUUGUAAUCCUAAAAUCAUUCACAGGGAUGUUAAAGCUGCAAAUGUCUUGCUGGAUGAAGAUUUUGAAGCUGUUGUCGGUGAUUUCGGCUUAGCGAAGUUGGUCGAUGUCAGAAAAACUAAUGUAACAACUCAAGUUCGCGGAACAAUGGGUCACAUAGCUCCCGAAUACUUGUCCACUGGAAAAUCAUCAGAAAAGACGGAUGUUUUUGGAUAUGGCAUCAUGCUUUUGGAGCUUGUAACUGGCCAACGAGCUAUAGACUUUUCCCGCUUGGAAGAAGAAGAUGAUGUUUUGCUGCUUGAUCACGUCAAGAAACUGCAAAGGGAGAAAAAACUCGACGCCAUUGUGGACCGGAACCUGAACCGAAACUACAAUAUUCAUGAAGUGGAGAUGAUGAUUCAGGUUGCACUACUCUGUACGCAAUCAUCACCUGAAGAUCGUCCGGCAAUGUCAGAGGUCGUCCGAAUGCUGGAAGGAGAAGGACUCGCAGAGAGGUGGGAAGAGUGGCAGCAUGUCGAAGUCACACGGAGGCAAGAAUACGAAAGGUUACAGAGAAGAUUUGAUUGGGGAGAGGACUCGAUUUACAACCAGGAUGCCAUCGAGUUGUCUGGAGGACGAUAAGGUGGGCUUCUAUCAUACACUUCUUGUCCAGGAUAUGUGUGUGCAUGCGUGCGUGGGCUGGAAUUUUGUUUGAAUCGGUUUCUAGUGAACUUGGAUCAAUUGACUGCUUGUAGACAAACCCUUUGUGACGAACCUGUGUUCUUUUUUUGAUUUUUUGGUUACAAAAAGUUUGGGUGGUUCCGGCUCUGAUCAUGUUCGGGCAUUUUUGGGGUUAUAAGUUGCUUAUAGAGGUAUUUAUAGAUUACUUUCAAGGUAGCUCUUCAUCGGCAGAUGGAAUUGAAUUCACAACCAUCUUAUUGGAAUCGAUCCGUCUCACCAGCCAAGCCAUCAAGAAUCGACACAAAAUUGUGUUCUGUCUAUGAGUAUGUGUAUUUUGUCUUUUGAUGUUUAUCUGGUAACAACUCGGAUAAUAUUUAUUCAGGGGGAAAAUUGCAAUUUUAGUCCUGUAUUUUAGCAGGGUAGCAUUUUUCAGUCGUG